AUGAAAUUAAAAUUACCAAAUAAUAAUAAUAAUAAUAAUAAUAAUAAUAAUAAUAAUAAUAAUAAUAAUAGUAAUAAUAAUUUUAGAUUUUCAUUAGAUUUAAAUAUAUUUAAAAUACCAUUAAAACUUUUAUAUGAAACUUUUAAAACUUUAUCAAAAUUUGAAGAGAAUUAUAAUAAUAAUAAUAAUAAUCAAGAGAAUUUUAAUAAAUUUACAGAUGAAGAAUUGAAUAGAGUUGUUGGUGAAUUUGAUAGUGAUAAUGAGAUUGUAAAAUCUUUAUUUCAAAAGUUAAUACCAUAUACAAAUAAAUAUAAUUGGGUUUCAUUUAAAGCAAAAGAUUAUCAAUCUAUAAACUAUUCUUUUUAUCAAAUUAAAUACUUUCAAAAUUAUUUCAAUAAUUGUGGUGAUUUUAAUCCAUUAUCAUUUGGUGAUUAUCAACAAUUUAAAUUUCAAUCUUUAAAAAAAAAUUUUAAAAAAGAUAAUAAAAAUCAAAAUCAAAAUCAAAAUAAUACAUUAAAUCUUUUAUAUUUAGAUUCAAUAUUAUUUGAAUAUUGUAAUUUUGAUUUCAAAAAAAAAGAAAAUUUCAUUUUACAAUAUUUAAAUGAUAAUAAUAAUAACAAUAAUACUAAUAAUAAUAAUAAAUUAAAACCAUUAAUUUUAUUUCAAAUUUUAGUAAAAAGGAAUGAAUUAGAAUUAUUAAAAUUAUUUUUUAAUAAUAGUUCAGAAUUAGUUAAUGAAGAUCUAUAUAAUAAUGAUAUAUUUUCAUAUAUAAAUUCUGAAUCAAUAUUUGAUUUUAUAAUUACAAUUACAAAAUUUUCACAAACACCGACAAUAAUAAUUAAUCAAUUAUUUCAACAUUCAAAAAUAAAAUUAAUUGAAUAUUAUAAAAAUAAUUAUUCAAUUGAUUAUUAUAAUUCUUUAAAAUUAAUUGAUUUUUCAAAAAUUUAUAAUUUUAAAAUUUUUAAAUAUAUAUAUAAUAAUUUAAAUGAUUUUAAUAAUAAUAAUAAUAAUAAUAAUAAUAAUAAUAAUAAUAAUAAUAAUAAUAAUAAUAAUAAUAAUAAUAAUAAUAAUAAUAAUAAUAAUAAUAAUAAUAAUAAUAAUAAUAAUAAUAAUAAUAAUCAAAAUAAUUUAAUUAAAAAUUUAAAAAUAAAUAUUGAAGAUAAUGAAUUAGAUAAAGAAGAAUUUAAAUUUUUUGUAAAUAAUUUAUCAAUAGAUAAAUUUUAUAAUAUUAGAUUUGCAAAAUAUAAAUAUAGUUCAUAUGAUUGGUUAAAUCAAAAAGGUAAAUCAUUUUUGGAUAGAUGUAUAGUUGAUAAUAAGGAUUGCAUUGAUAUAGGUCUUUAUCAAUAUUAUAAAAAUAAUAAUAAUUUAAUGGCCAUGGAUAAUUAUAAUUCAACACCACCCUAUAAAUUAAUAGAUGAAAUCUUUAAAAGAAGUGAUUUAAAAACUUUGGAUUUAAUAAUGAAUAAAUUUUUCAAAACUAAAGAUUAUAAUAAUGAUUCUAAAUCAACAUUCUUUUAUAAUGGUUUAUUACUAAAAUCCUCUCAAUAUGGUUCAAUUGAUAUAUUCAAAUUUAUUCAUUCAAAUUAUCCUUGGUUAUUUAAACUAAAAAGAACUAAUAGUAAUAGUAGUGAUUUUAGUAGUGCUAUUGGACAUUUUGAAUCAUUCAAUAAUAAUAAUAAUAAUAAUAAUAAUAAUAAUAAUAAUAAUAAUAAUAAUAAUAAUAAUAAUAAUAAUAAUAAUAAUAAUAAUAAUACUAAUAAUAAUGACCACCAUGGUGAAAUAUUAGAAUCUGAAUUAAAUCAAAUAAUAAAUUCAACAUUAAUUAAUGGUCAUAUUGAUUUAAUGAUUUAUUAUUUUCAAAUUUUUAAACAUUUAGGUUAUCCUUUUAAAAUUCUAAUUUAUAAAGAUUUAAAUUUUAAUAAUUUAGUUAGAGUUAUUAGAAAUAAAUAUAAUAUUUAA